AUGAUCAGGGAGCUCACUGUAGAGGAUUCUGGAACGUACAAAUGUGGAGUUUAUAAAUCUGGCUUUGACGUCUUCACACCAGUGGAACUGAAGGUAGAGGAAGAUCUGUCCUACGAGAAGAGCAUCAGUGUCACUGGCCAUGUAGGGGGAAGUGUGAACAUCAGCUGCAAAUACCCACAAUCCCACAGCAGUUACCCCAAGUUUCUCUGUAGGAGAGUGGGCACUGUUAACUGUAGUUAUGAAACAUCAGUUAAAGAGAGCAGAAGAUGGAGAAAUGAAGGGAAACUGUAUCUACAUGAUGAUGGAAAGCAGACCUUCACUGUGAUCAUCAACCGUCUGACUGAGGGAGACUCUGGUGAAUACUGGUGUGGAGCUGAAUCAGACUGGACAUCUGACCAUGGAUACAAGGUUUUUAUCACACAGAUCAACCUCACAGUUACUGGUUCAAUAUCAAAACCUGAAACACAAUCAACCUCUUCAACAUCUGAAACAGCAGUGAAUUCCUCCUUUAAAACAUCCAUAGAUAUUCCACCCCAGUCAUCAACAUACAUCAGUUCACUGACCACAGAACCAACCACAUCCUCAACAUCUAAAAGCCCAUCAUCUUCAACGUCUGCUUCUGCUUCCUCUGUGACGACUGCUGUGUCUGUUCUGAUUCUGGUGCUGCUUCUGAUUGGACUCGCAUUUCUCAUACUGUGUUUACAAAAGAGAGGCAAGAUUCAAGAGACAGUUGCAGUGCACGGUUCAGGGCCGCUGAUAUCUGAGCUGGUGUUAGUCUGUGAUCCUGAACUCAGAAUGAAGAUCCUCCUCAUCUUCACCCUCUUCCUGAUUUCAGUAGGUGGAGGAGAAUCAGAGAGAGUGAUGGGAUAUUCAGGAGGAGGAGUCCUCAUCAAGUGUAGAUAUGAGACACAAUACACAUCAAACCCAAAGUACCUCUGUGAGGCUCCAUGGCCCUGCAUGACGAAGCCAAUUUGGACAGACGCUAAAAAUGAGUGGAUACACAGUGGAAGAUUCUCACUGUUUGACGACACCAGAGCUGCACAGUUCUGGGUGGUGAUCAGGGAGCUCACUGUAAAGGAUUCUGGAAAGUACAAGUGUGCCGUUGAUAAAGAUUUGGCCAUUGACGUCUACACACCAGUGGAACUGAAGGUAGAGGAAGAUCUGUCCUACGAGAAGAGCAUCAGUGUGACUGGCCAUGUUGGAGGAGGUGUGAACAUCAGCUGCAAAUACCCACAAUCCCACAGCAGUUACCCCAAGUUUCUCUGUAGGAGAGUGGGCCCUGUUAAUUGUAGUUAUGAAACAUCAGUUAAAGAGAGCAGAAGAUGGAGAAAUGAGGGGAAACUGUAUCUACAUGAUGAUGGAAAGCAGACCUUCACUGUGAUCAUCAACCGUCUGACUGAGGGAGACUCUGGUGAAUACUGGUGUGGAGCUGAAUCAGACUGGACAUCUGACCAUGGAUACAAGACCUAUAUCACACAGAUCAACCUCGGAGUUACUGGAACAGCAUCACCCUCAACAUCACCAUCAAGCCCUGCUGCACAGACCAGAGAAAUAAACGCCCCUACAACUACAAUAAAAUCCUCAUCCAAGACUUCAACAGAAAUUCUACCACAGUCAUCGACAUACAUCAGCUCACUGACCACGAACCCAACCACAUCCUCAAUGCCUAAGACCAUACCAUCUUCUUUGUCAGUUUCCUCUGUGCUCACUGGUGUGUCGGUGAUUGUGUUGCUGCUUCUGUUUGGACUCUUAUUCUUCAUAGUCUUUCUUAGAAGGAGAGGCAAGACUCAAGACCCAGGCACAACCCAAAGCCAGUUCUUCAGAGGAUUCUCAGCUGUCCACAGGCUGGAACAUCUACGGAAGGCCCAACAUACGCAACAGUGA